CAGCAAGUCGUCUAUUGUUAUAUCUGAUCACGAUCUCCUGUUGAAAUAUCCGCUACUUACAUCUCUUUCCGUCUUCGAACUACCUUCCACAUUAACGCCUGUGCUUCAUCCGCGAUUUCUAUCACCCGAGGUCGAAAAUCCAGACAUCGAUCCCAGUCAUGGCCACAUCUCAAGAAACUCCCUCCCCCUUGGCCCAGGAGAAGCUCAAGAUCCGCGAGUUCUACCAGUCGUACCUAGACGCCUGCAACGAUCAAGACUGGGACCGCAUGCAGCAAUUUUACGCGUCGCCACACGUGCUCGUAGACGGCGAGCCCAGAUCGCCGUCGCAGCUCGUCGAGCGCGCCAGUUCCAUGGCCGCAGGCUUCGCCGACUGGCGCUUGGAGGUUUGGCACUUCGCCGUCGAUGGUGAUCUGAUCUACGUGCACCUCAAGCUCGGCGGCACGCAUACAGCGACGUUCCAGGGGAUCGAACCCACUGGUCGCCGCGUUGACACGACUGAGUUCGCGCUGUAUCGCCUUGUCGACGGGAAGUUCGUCGAGAUCUGGCCUAUGCUGAAUAUGGAGGCUGUAAUAAAACAGAUUCAGUAGCGUUUGCACCGAGACGGUACGGCCAGGCUUAGUGUUGAAGAGUGACCUUGGAUAGAAAUUGCGACUAGACGACCCUUUUCUUGGCUUUCUCUCAGGUUUAUGCGGCCGUCAAUGCCUACAUGGGAUUUUGGUUCAUCACCGUUCGUUAACUGAGGACCUUGCGCGCUGCUGUAGUUUCGUAUAACUUACUCCAAAUCGUCUUUGAUACGGUCUUGGUGAUGCCACAGAGUCUUGGAUCAGGCUUACGACUACAGCGCGAGAACAGCUGAGUUCUGCUUACAGGUUGGUCUAGCCCGAUCAGCUGCUCGAGAGAGUCAGUGGGUUCUAGGGCAGCAGUGGCUAGAAAGGGGGAUAGGCCACAUGUGGUUAUGGAAUAUCUGUACUUCUACCCGUAUCUACACCCUCGCGAUAUCUUCGUUUAUGGAGCAUAGAUUUAGCCAAAAUUUGACAAUCAGUCAAUUACUCUUUCUCUUUGAA